AUGGCGGGGGUAGAGCCUUUCCCGCUGCUCAACACGUCGGCAGACCAACUGCUCGGCGCUGACGUCAACCCGGCGAGGCGCAGGCGCAAGAGCAGUGGCCUUGGGGGAGAGAUUCGGGCUGGUGACACUGGUGCGCCCGCGCUGGCGUCCAGCCGAGUCAGUCUCAAUGCCCAAGACUCUGAGAACUACUCAUCCGAGAGCUCAGAAGAUCAUUCUGGCAAUCCUAGGCCUUCGAAGCGCCGUCGCGCUCGUGGAUUUUUCUCGCAAGCUCGCCAGACCAUGGUCAAGCACACCUUUGUCUUGCCUGCCGUCUUACUACUCCUGUUCCUGACUGGUUACGCCAUCAACCCAUCGGAAGCCAAUCCCCUCCACCACUUCAUCUUUCUGUCGUACCCGAUCCCCCAGGAUGAUCCCCUCAAGCCUAUCCAGUAUGGCAAGGGCAAAUGGGACAUUGCGUUUGUCGCCUUUUACACCAUUGUCUUGUCCUUUACUCGUGAGUUUAUCAUGCAGGAAGUGUUGCGUCCGCUAGCCCGCAGAACGGGUCUCAGCAAGGGAAAGCAGGCCCGUUUCAUGGAACAGGUGUACACAGCCCUAUACUUUGGCAUUUUGGGACCUGCUGGCAUGUACGUCAUGAGCCGCACGCCUGUUUGGUACUUCAACACACGCGGCAUGUAUGAGGGUUUCCCGCAUCGAUCGCACGAGGCCGUUGUCAAGUUUUACUACCUCUUCCAGGCUGCCUACUGGGCCCAGCAGGCCAUCGUCCUCCUCCUGGGAAUGGAGAAGCCGCGCAAGGACUUCAAGGAGCUCGUCGGUCACCACAUUGUCAGUCUAGCUCUUAUCGGCCUGAGCUACCGCUUCCACUUCACCUACAUUGGUAUUGCUGUCUACAUCACCCACGACAUCAGUGACUUCUUCCUCGCCUCAUCCAAAGCUCUCAACUACAUCGACCACCCCAUCGUCGCUCCUUAUUUCGCCACUUUUGUUGCCGUUUGGAUCUACAUGCGCCACUACAUUAACCUCAAGAUCAUCUGGUCUCUGUUCACCGAGUUCCGUACCGUCGGCCCCUUUGAGCUCAACUGGGAGACCCAGCAGUACAAGUGCUGGAUCAGUCAGUAUAUCACCACUGCCCUGCUUGCUUCCCUUCAGGCCUUGAAUUUGUUCUGGCUUUUCUACAUCCUGCGUAUUGCCAUCCGAUUUAUUCGCGACAAAGAGGCCACUGAUGAUCGAUCUGAUGAGGAAGACGAUGAAGAAGAGGAACAACAGAAGAAGCCCACUUCAAGCAAGCACAACGGAAAGAAGGACAUUCCCAAGCUCGAAGUUCACUACGAGCACGAUGAAGAUAAGCAGAAUGGUUCUGCUAAGCACUAG